AUGUCCUUGCCACCUGCAACGAAAGAUAUCAGCGCCAAUCCAGCCAAAGGCUCCGUCGUCGACCCCGUUGACAGAAAUGCUCAAGCCGCCGACGUCGAUCGCAAGAUUCGAUUUUACGGCGUCAUAGAGGCGUUGCGAAAGGGUCGUCUCCCCGAUAACCAGCAGAUACUCAACUUUUUGGCAUACAUUCGCGGUCACUCCCCAGUGACGCUCGAAAAGCUCUCUCCAGAAGGCCGCAAACUCGUGCGAGAUACGCGAGAUAUCAUCGACACGGCGAGCCUCCUCGUUCAAGAAAAGAACGCCGACGAGCUCUUCCAGGCAUUCGUGUGGCAUACCCGCACGCUGGAGAUCGAUACUCUGAAGCCAGGCGAUCUAGGAGAAGGCGUGGAUGUGAAUCAAGAGAAGCUGAAAAAGGAUGGCGAGCAAGGCGAGUCUGUCCGCCAUCUCCGAACCCUCCUCUCGCUCAUCCUCACCAACUCGGAGGUCCGCAAGCUCCUCCAGGAUUUCUCAACUAUUGGACGCGAUUUACUCGCUAAAACAGCCGUCAAGGCCGCAGAGACCAUCGCACCGUCGAACGAGGCUUUAGAGAACGUUGACCAGUCUGCGCCCAACGACCAGUUCCACCCUAAGCAGGAUGAGGCGAUCAGGCCUAUCGGGGAAGUGAAAGCGCAGGGGACAGAGAGAUACCAACAGCUCAGGUCCCAGGGAGUAACGGCCGGGAAUCAGGUGUUGGGGGAGACUCAGUCGCAAGCCAGGGAUAUUCAGAAUGCGGAGAGCUCGGAGGAAGCUGAGGUGAAGAAGCAGGGUGAUGGAUUGUCUGAUCGCAUUCCCCAACAACACAAGGACACCGCCAACGACAAGCUUGAGAGAGGCAGGAAGUUCCUUACUGAAGAGUACUUCCCUGAAGAGCGACGCGAUCAAUUUAUCUUCCGCGGUAAAAAGGUUAUCAUGGAGUGCCAAAAACACGACGACUACCAGGAAUCCAUCACCUGGCUUCUCGACUACUUUGAUGAGUACGUCGGCCAUGGCAGAGGCAUCGCCGGAAAUGGCCACGAGCACGUCAAAGGUGUUGCUAAUGACUCGAAACUCAGCCUCUCUGUGAAGGAACUGCGCACCUUGCUCGAGCGCUUUGCCAAUAAUACGUCCAUGGACGUCAUUUUUGACGCCAUUGAUGUUCUCGUCGAUGAUGCCCGCCAUGAUCAAGCCCUGGGCGACUGGUUCAGGAGCGUCGAUGCUUACAUUCGCAAGGUGCUUCUUGAGCCUGGCUACGUGUUGGAGCCAGAUUGUGACACCCAGGCGGAUCGCCUACGCGAAUCUGGGAGAACAUUCUACGAUGACAAGUACCGCUCCCACUUUGACAAUUUGUUCAGUAGUGCUGGAAGCUGGUUCGGCGCUAUGGGCGAAGACCCUCUCAACAAACGCUUCGGCGAGGACUGGGCUCGGCUCACCAGGGAUCUCUUGUUCGAUAGCGAAGGCAGCUUGAAAUUUAAACCGCACCUCUGGAACGAUAUUAGGCGGGUGAUCGUACCCCAGCUGAUCGAACAUGUUGGAUACGUCCCUAUCCCACGCAUCGAGUACACCGACGACUCACUCGAUCUCGUCGUGGAGAAUCUCACACUCCAAGGCCGCAACUUGUUCCCAAACAUCGCCUCGCUAGAUGCCCAUAAUUUCGUCAAGUUUUCUCCAUACAACGCAAUCAAGGAUGACUCCUACCAUCGCAUCACGAUUUCGCUUGAGCAGGUUCAAGCUGACAUGAGGGACGUCGCCUUUUAUUAUCGGAAAAAGACGGGAUUGCCCAAGAUGAGGGAUUCGGGGCUCGCCGACGUAAUCCUUGGCGGGGAGGGAUUGAGCGCGACCAUCGUUUUGGUAUCCCCGCCCAAGCAUGACAGAUCCUCCGUGUUCAGAGUCGAGUCCGUUCACGUCAAAGUCGACACGCUUAAGUUUUCCAUUCGGGACUCUAAGCAUGACUUUUUGUACAAGACCCUCAAACCCCUCGCGACGGGCCUCGUGAAGCGGCAGAUCCAGAAGGCGUUGAAGGACGCGUUAACGACUGGGUUGGAGUACGUCGAUGGGCAGCUUGUUGGUGUUAGGGAGAGGAUGGACAGUGCGAAGGGGGAGGAUGAAGGGAAGAUUGAUGUUUUGAAAGAUAUCUUCUCUCGUAAGACGGACAACACUGGCUCCAUCAAGUCGGGUGUCUCUUCGCAGACCGGCUCACACUUCAAGGUUGUCGCUGAUAAGAGGAACUCGUUGCUUGUUGGUACCGGGAGUCCAGCUGGAUGGGUGAAUAAGACCGCAGAGAAGGAGCAGCUUGCGACGCACGGUGACGAGUGGAGGUCUGAGGCAUUCAACGUCGUCUGAGCUUGAUCCGUGGAUGUUGUUACGAUUUGUGUUUAUGAUGGGUUGACGAACGGACUGGAUGAUUAUGUCCUUUUUUUCCUUCUUGUUUUACAUAGUGUACGUACGAUUUUGCAAUAAUGACCCGUGAACGGCUUA